UGCGAAGCAGGCUUAUCCCAAGAAAGAAUAGAUAUUUUGGAGGAUUUGCUCCCAAAGAUAUUUAAGUACUAGUGUGUAGAUAUGAUAAGAAGAAGAAGAAAAGUGUAGAGUUAAUCCAAAAUGGUUGGAGUGAAGUGCAUCUCCAUGGCUAAGGUUUACACACUUCAUGCAUCUUCAUCUCUACCCACAGACCCUUCACCUACACCUUCACCUUUAGUUCCUCCUAAGUUAAAACCUCUAUCCCUCAAAAGCCAAACAACACUUGAGAAGAAGACGAAUCAAAAUCAAAGGCAACUCUCAGUUGCAGAGAUUGAAAGAGCCAUUGGUGCUGGCAUUUUCAGAGACAGAGAUACCAUCAGGGAUGCAAAGGAGAACAAGACUUUGUUUGAUUCAAUUUUGUCGAAUUCAGUUGGGGAGAAUGAAGGGGAUGUGGAGAAGAAGCUAAGACAAACUGGUGAAUGGCUUAUAGAUAAAACUGAAAACACAUCUGCUUCUGCUGGUUACAUUUGCUGGUAUAGUGCAAGUUUCCACGGUCUCACCCUUCAUGUAGUACUCAUUGUAUACGGUAAAAAUCGGGUAUCUGCUGAGCCGGUAAUACCGGUGACCGAGGGAAGAAAGAAACGAGGAUAUGCACGAAGGCUUUCUUUUUGAACUGGAGGAGUGUUUUGACCAAAGAGAGGGAAGAUCUUCAUUUGGUCCGGUUUCUUCAUAGCCGAGCUGAUCGUGGCCGUUCCUCCGUUUGAUCGUGGCCGUUCCUCCAUUUGGUCGUAGCCGUUGGUCCGGGAGAUCCGUUACGCGAUUGCCACGUGUCUAUAGCGUCCUGCCAUGUUCAACUGUCAAUCGUACGGGUGUCAGAUCGUACGAUCAACCUAAUCCAACCUGCUCCACUUCAGAGUUUUUUCUUUAUUUUUUAGACACACUUGUUGUAUGAAGCCCAUGGGGCAAUGCUAUAAAUAGGGGCCAUUGCCCUACUUUUAAAGGGUUGGCUUCCUCAUAUCAAGAACUCUUGCAAUAGAAAAAUUGUUAUAGUCCGUAUUCUGUACGUUCGGAUAUUUCGAGGUAGUCGUGGUAAGUUAAGGGCAAG